CGGCCACAAGGCGCAAAGAGAGUGUGGUAAAGUUCAAGUAGUUCCACCAACAAAAACAAUGAAGUGCCAAAGUUCACCGCACGCAAUAAAAAAAUAGUGUGCUAUCGCUCGUGUGGAAAAAUGGCUCGAUAUUUACGUGUUUCGGGAAUUGUCGGCUUGAUUACCCUCCAAAACCCACCUGUAAAUGCACUAAGUGCAGCAGUACGUCAGGGCAUUGUGGACACUGUGAAGAGAGCCCUCGGUGAUCCUGAGGUGAAGUGUGUUGUCAUAUGUGGACAGAAUGGAGUGUUUUGUGGAGGAGCAGACAUCAGAGAGUUUGGGAGCCCGAUGACCGGGCCUCCGCUGGUGCCGAUGAUCCACGCCAUAGAGGCUGCGAACAAGCCGGUGGUGGCGGCCAUAGAGGGGAUCGCUCUGGGCGGAGGCCUGGAGUUGGCGCUCGGCUGUCACUAUCGAGUAGCGCAUUCCAAGGCUAAAGUGGGGCUUCCGGAGGUGACUCUGGGUCUGCUACCUGCUGCAGGUGGAACCCAACGUUUGCCGAGGCUCACUGGACUACCGGCAGCUUUAGAGCUUAUCACCACAGGUCGUCACAUCACCGCCGCCGAAGCGCUGGAACUCUCAAUAGUGGAUCGGCUUACAGAUCACAGCGCCGUGGACGCUGCUGUCGAGUUUGCCGUGAGUGUUGCAGAACAGUCUCUGGAUGCCUGCCGUAUCAGCACUCGCCCGUGCCCUUGCCCUCCCGAUGUGGAUGCCCUGUUUGUGGCGGCGAUGCAGAAGGUGCGCCAAAAGGCCCGUGGAGCCAUAGCGCCGGUGGCUUGCGUCCAGGCGCUGCAGGCGGCCGCCACCCUGCCCUACGCCCAGGGCAUGGAGCGGGAGAAGGAACUGAUGGCCACGCUGUUCACCUCUGGCCAGGCUCGAGCUCUGCAGUACAACUUCUUUGCUCAGAGAGCUGUGGCCAGGUGGAGCAUGCCUGGUGGAGCUCGCUGGGACAGCAGCAGGCCCAAGCCCAUCUGUAAAACGGCGGUCAUUGGUCUUGGUACAAUGGGAAGAGGUAUAACGGUCUCGCUUGCUCAGGCGGGGUUGUCUGUGGUUGCCGUGGAGGUCCAGGAGAAGCCACUGAAGGAGGCAAAGCAGGCAAUAUCGGGCAUGUUAAGGCGCGGGGCCAAGAGACGAGGCGUGGCCCCUGCCCUUGACCUGAUUACCUACAGCCAAAACCUUCGGGCGGUAGCGGAUGUUGACCUGGUCAUCGAGGCCGUGUUUGAAGACGUGGACCUGAAAAAGCAACUCUUCCAGCAGCUGUCCGCCGUUUGUAAACCAGAUGCGUUCUUGUGCACCAACACGUCCGCGUUAGACAUCGACCUCCUGGCCUCGCAGAGCCGCCACCCAGAGCUGGUGGUCGGGAUGCAUUUCUUCGCCCCAGCACACGUCAUGAAGCUACUGGAGGUGGUGUAUGGGUCGCGCUCCUCUCCUGAAGCUGUGGCCACCGCCAUGAAUCUGGGAAAGAAAAUGGGCAAAGUCGGCGUGGCUGUCGGUAACUGCCGCGGGUUUGUGGGGAACCGCAUGCUGAAGCCAUACUUGGAGCAAGGCUUGUUCUUGUUGGAAGAGGGAGCCACACCCAAGUUGGUCGAUGAAGCGCUGGAGGAGUUUGGUUUCGCCAUGGGGCUCUUCAGAAUGUCGGACCUCUCCGGGAUCGACGUAGGCUGGAGAGUUAGGAAGGGAGAAGGUCUGGCGCAGCCUGGCACGGCAAGUAGAGUCCGACAAGGCCACCGAUACAGUCCCCUCGGAGAUCUUCUCUAUGAGCAAGGGCGGUUUGGACAGAAAACAGGCCGUGGAUGGUAUCGGUACGACAACAGUCGGGAAGCUAGGCCUGACCCAUGGUUGCACCGCUUUCUGGAGGAGUACCGAGCCCGACGCGGCCUUGUGGCACGCCGCAUAGAUCGCCAGGAGGUGCUGGAGCGCUGCCUCUACACCCUAAUCAACGAAGGCUUCCGCAUCCUAGAGGAAGGAAUAGCGGCCGGACCCGAAGACAUCGACGUCAUCUACGUGUUCGGCUACGGCUGGCCCAAGCACCGCGGAGGUCCUAUGUUCUACGCGGGCAUGGUGGGCCUGACCAAAAUCCUGGGGAGGCUGGAGCACUACCAGCAGGCCCACCCAGAUGUGCUUUAUCUGCAGCCCAGCGGUCUGCUCCGUAGGCUGGUGGCCAGCGGCAGCCCGCCUGUCCACAAGUGGAGGGAAAUCAUCAAGAAAACUCACAGCCACCUUUAAAUCUGCAAGAUUUCAUAAUCCCCUCUAAAAUGGCACCUUUCGGCAUAUUGAGGACUGAUUUCUUAUAUGGUUAUCAUGUUCCAAAUAGACUUCAUCACGGGCAAUGUUGGGAUGUGUUUCAAUAAUCGUAUUUCCUCACAUAUUAUACAUAAGCAUAUUAGGGAUAAGGCAUUUAUCGGGGGAGGCAUUUAUUUGUACAAAUUAUUUUUAUACCAAUAUUGAAUAAAUCAGACAGUAAA